AUGUUAAAAUUAUUUGUGCUCUGUGCUGUUAUCUGCUCAGUGACGUCGUUGGGAAUUGGCCGUACUCAAUCAUCUGGCGUUAAAGGUCGAUUGAUCUGUGACGGAAAACCAGCCGCUGGGGUUACUGUAAAGCUGUACGAUGAUGACAGAGGAGUUGACGCUGACGAUCUCAUGGCGUCCGGAAAGACGAACUCAAAUGGUGAAUUCGAAUUGCGUGGUUACACCGAGGAAUUCACACCUAUUGACCCGAAAUUGAACAUCUAUCAUGACUGCAAUGAUCUAAAGGUACGACUCGUACGAUUCUCUUUUCGAUUUCAAACCACUCCAAUACUUUCGUGA